AUGCAGCUGCGCUGGAGCGGCCACCUGGUGCGCAUGGACGACGAGCGACUACCCAAACGACUCUUCUACGGAGACGUCGCGACGGGUUCUCGUCGUCAAGGAGGCCAAAUUCGCCGUUACAAGGAUACUCUGAAGUCCUCCCUGAAGCGCCUGCAAAUCAACCCGACCAACUGGGAAGAGCUCGCUCGCGAUCGUCCGACAUGGAGGAGAACAGUGAAGACGGGCGCUGCUAUCUAUGAAGCCAACCGAAUCGCGGCCGCCAAAGCGAAAGGCGAAGCCCGCAAAUCACAACUUCGCCCAGUCCGCAAUGCCGCCGCACAACCGCUCCCAACGUGUCCUCGAUGUCAACGGACAUUCCGGGCACGAAUCGGACUUGUUGGACAUCUCCGAACCAACUGCACCUCUCGAACUGCUCCAGCCAUCGUCCCCCCGCCCGCCUCUUCCUCGUCCUCUCUUCCGCCAGCUAACUCUGACACUCCUUCUGCACCACCAAUUCCAUCCUCCUCGUCCUCGUCCCUCUCCACUGCCCCAGCGGCGGCCGUUCAGACUGCUGUCUCACACAUCACCAACACCAACACACCAACCAACAUCACCUCUCUCACCUCUCCCGAUUCCAGUGAUGAGGAUCAGGACUACACCUGCCCUCACUGUGACCGCACAUUCACCUCUCGCAUCGGCCUGGUCGGUCACUUGCGAAUCCAUCGCACAGAGACUGGUGAACCAGUGCCUGGAGCACCAACCUACACCCACCGCACUCGCCUCCACUGCCCUCGCACCUUCACGCAUCGCAUGGGUCUAUUCGGCCACAUGCGCAUCCACGAGAGCGGAAUUGACCGCAGCCUUGACACAUCCACCCCGCCGAGCCCCACUCCCAAUCCACCACCUUGUGCACCCACUAACCACUCCCCACCCGACAUCGACGCCACCGACCUUACCACCCCUCACUCCUCCCCUUCCUCCUCCUUUUCCUCCAUCACUGCCACAACGACGGCCGCUUCGGCGUCUGUCGCCCACGACUUCACCACAGCCGAACCUGACACAACAACAGGCACAACCCCUGCAACCUCCAUCAUCAGACGUGAGGGCCAGGACUACAUCUGCCCUCACUGCGAUCGCACCUUCACUUCACGCAUCGGCCUGGUCGGUCACUUGCGAAUCCAUCGCACAGAGACUGGCGAACCAGUGCCUGGAGCACCAACCUACACUCACCGCACUCGCCUCCACUGCCCUCGCACCUUCAGGCAUCGCAUGGGUCUAUUCGGCCACAUGCGCAUCCACGAGAGCGGAAUUGACCACAAUUCCGAUACAGCCACGACAUCCAACAUAUCCACCAUGCCCAGACGCACCCUCGCUCCACCGCCACACGCGCCGACCGCCACCACCACCAACACCACCGCUUCCUCUACAGCUGGCACCGACACCGCUGACCUCUCAUGCCCACAUUGUCCACGCACCUUCACCUCACGCAUCGGCCUGGUGGGUCACUUGCGAAUCCAUCGCACAGAGACUGGCGAACCAGUGCCUGGAGCACCAACCUACACCCACCGCACUCGCCUCCACUGCCCACACUGCCCUCGCACCUUCACGCAUCGCAUGGGUCUAUUCGGCCACAUGCGCAUCCACGACGACCUACGGUAG